AUGAUGACAUACCAACUUUUUUAUAUUGCUUUAAUAGGUAUCCAUGAGAAAUCGUUAGAAGAACUUCAUGCUCGCUACGAACACAAAAAGCAGUUAUUGUUAGACGAGUUGAAACAUAACUUUAGAUGGAUGAGAGAUAUAUUCAGUAGAGACGACGAGAGAUUGGACCUUAUGUCUAUUAUUUUCGAAGCACGCAACGACGACGACACACAACAAACCCACAUAAAUUUUGAAGACUCGAUUGCCGUAUUAAACAAUGAGAUGCUUUUCGAGAAAGAUAGGUUCACAAAAAUACGUUUCGCGGAGAUACAAACGACCAUGAAGAAAUUUCAAAAAGUCCUAGACGAUUACAGCAAUGAAACUGAGUCUAAAAAGAAUCAUUACAAUUAUUUAAAAAUGCGAGAUGAAGCCAACACUGCAUCUAUCGAAGAGAACAACAAACGAAUUCAUGCAUAUUCUGAAGAGAUCAAAAUGCUAACACAGCUAUGUGCCAAACGCGAAGCCCAGUAUGCGCAGCGAGAAAAUGAAUUGAAACGGGACCGUGAAGACCUCAUAAAACGAGGUUUCGUGGCACAAAAUCAACUAAACGUUAAUCGAAAUGAGUAUAAAAAUAAACUUGAAGCAAUGACGAAAGUAUACAAAAACGUUAUUGACAAAUUAACAAAUAUUUCAAAAAAAGGCGAGAGAAUAAUUAAAACAGCGGACAAUUGUGCCAAACUAAUGAAUGAAGAUGAUAAUAACCUAAUCUGUCCCGACGAAGACAAUAACGAAGGAGAAUUCGAUAAAAUGUCAAAAUUCUGGAAGCGUUACGCUCGAGUGGAUGUGCAGUGUCAAGAGCUCGACGUCAGACGAACAAAAGCCGCACAGGAGAACAAAGACCUGAAAGCCGCUCUGACCUACUACUUAAAGACUAUUGCCCGGCCGGCGUCGGUGCAGAGGGACAUAAAAGACGGCGGCAUACAGUUGAAUUUGCUUCCAGUAAAAGCUGGAUGA